AUGUCUGCCCCCGCUCUCAUGAUCCAGAAGCCCGCCCCCGAGUUCAAGGGCACCCUCGUUAAGGAGGGCGAGUUCCACGAGGUCUCGCUUUCCGACUACAAGGGCAAGUGGGUCGUCCUCGCCAGCUACCCCCUUGACUUCACCUUUGUCUGCCCCACCGAGAUCCUCGCAUUCAACAACGCCCUCGAGCAGUUCAAGGCCAUCAACACCGAGGUCAUCCUCUGGUCGACCGACUCGCAGUUCUCCCACCUCGCCUGGGCCAACACCCCCCGUAAGGAGGGUGGCCUCGGCCCCAACCUCAAGAUCGGCCUCCUCGCCGACCCCAGCCACGCGGUUUCCAAGGCCUACGGUGUCCUCCUUGAGGAGGAGGGCGUCACUCUCCGUGGCACCUUCUUCAUCGACCCCAACGGCACCCUUCGCGCCAUGCACGUCCACGACCUCCCCGUCGGCCGCUCGGUCGAGGAGACGAUCCGCGUCAUUAAGGCGUUCCAGUUCACCGACGAGCACGGUGAGGUCUGCCCGGCCGGCUGGGAGGAGGGCAAGGACACGAUCGACACUGCCGACGCCAACAAGUACUUCUCCAAGCAUGGCGACGAUGCGGCCAAUGCCAACAAGCGCAAGGAGCCCGGAUCGGCCGAGAAGCCUGGCAAGCGUGCCAAGAACUAG